AAGCCGACAGGCUUGCCCACAGAACCAGCGAGCCUGCCUGCCUAUUGAUGUGUCUUCUCGCUCCUUUCUGCUCAGGCAGCGGGGACUUCUCAUACACAGACCGUAGCAGGCACUCGCCUUGAUGGGUUUGGGCUUCCAAAUGGCCUGUCCUCAAGCCUGCAGCAUUGUCUGUUCCGGUUUACACUCCCACCACCAGUGUAUGAGAGUUCCUGCCAUCCAUCUCCAGCACUAGUAUUAGGUGCACUGGCCUUUAUUCUGUCAGAAAGGCUAUGAUGGCUACCGAAGUGAAGACCCAGUUGGCUGAACAUCCACUGAUGGCUCCAAGGGCUGAGCCUAAAAAGAAGUCAGGACACAGGCCGAGGAGCCAUGGGGACGGCAGGCUGCAGAAAGAACUGAUGAUCCCAGGGAUUGUGGAUUUCCAGCUGAUCCAAACGGCACUGAGGGCCCCCAGGCCCCAAACCCCUGGGACCUACCGCUUUGGCCGCCUCAGCCACCACUCCUUCUUCUCCCGACACCAUCCGCACCCACAACGUGUGACCCACAUCCAAGAUCUCACCGGGAAGCCCGUCUGUGUCGUCAGAGACGAGUUCUCUCUAGCCCCCGUGCCUCAAGUCACACUUUUAUCCCACUGCCUGAUGGGGAUGCCUGGCAUCUCUGUCCCCAUUGGAGACCCACAGUCCAAUCGGGAGCCUCAGCUUUCCUCUGAGACCUGGAAGAAGGAGUUGAAGGACCUGGCUUCCCGGGUGGCCGUCUUCACUAAGGAGAAUGCGCUGAAGAGCAAAGAGAAGGAGGAACCUCAGCGGGAGCAGGGGGCAAAGUACUCAGCCGAAACCGGGAGGCUCAUCCCCACUUCCACCCGAGCCGUUGGUCGCCGCCACUCUCGCCAGAGCCCCCGGAUUUAUCCUUCUGGCAAAGAUGGAGGAGCUCAGACCAUUGUCCUGCGGGAUCAGGAGCUGCUGGGCGGCCUCAACUUGCCUGGAAUUAGGUUCUCGGGUCCUGUGGGGAGGGGGCCCAGGGCAGGACUCCAAGGGUUCCACCUGCUACCGCGAGCCCCAACUCCAGCCGGCCGUAGCCACAGCCGCCAUCAGCAGCUCGGCCUAGGGAGCCCCCGUAGCCUGUUCGACACAGAGCUGGCUCUCCCCCGGAUGACACUUGCCUGGAGAUCACAGGGGGAAGAGGGUCGGAAAGUGGCAGUGACACCCGAGGCUGAGGAAGCAGCUGAGGAAGCGGCUGGGUGUGAAGUGCGCACGCCACUGGGGGAGAUGGAAUCCCAGGCCCGGCAGUCUGCAGAAACAGCCAGCCCUGAGCCACAGCCCGCCCACUCCGAUCACCCCACCUCUAUGCUAGCGUCUCCAGACCCUGGGAGCUCCAGGGAGGGGAGGCCUGUGGGGUUCCUUAAAUCCCCAAGCCCAGGACCCAGGGAUCCGAGACUCGAUCCUGGAGCUCCUUUGUCAGAUCCUGCAGACAGACUCCUUGAGCGCUAUCCAAUUCUGGCUUCUGUACGCUCCUCCGAAGGAGAAAGACCUGGCCCUGGGGCUCCUGCAGACAGCGGUGGCUCAGCUCCUUCCACAGCCCCUAGACUCUCUCCCGGUGGAAAAACUUCUCCAUCAGCUCCACGAAGUCCAAGAACCUUCUCAAGAGAGGCAACAACCACCCUACAGCCAAUCCCCGAAGAAGACAAAGACACCGCCCCUACCCAAAGGCGACAAACCAGAGUAUAUCGGAAGAGCACAAGUUCUUCGGAUGCAUUCAAGCCAGAUCGCAGAAGAGAAAGCCUCACAGCCAAAGGCAGAAUGCUGAGUCCGAGUCCCUUUGCCCGCCUUGCUCAGGAGCUGCCCCCUGGUUUGAGGCUGUUCUCAGCCCUACCGUCUCAACAGCAAUACCGACUUGCCUAUCACACGGAGCCCAUUAAAAGGCUGCCUUCCCUUUAGGAGGACAAUUCCACUCUCCUCUCUGUAGUGGGUCUGUGCUUGGGGGCUGGGUGAUUCCAGGAGCUGGGAUGGGCUGUGGAAUGGUCCCAUUCCCUUGGAGAAAGUCUAAGCGGUAGA